UCCCGUCCCGGUGCUCCCGUCCCGGCGCUCCCGUCCCGGCGCUCCCGUCCAGGCCCGCUCCCGGCCCGGCACCGCCAUGCGCAAGUUCUUCCAGGAGAUCAAGGCCGACCUGAAGUUCAAGACGGCGGGGCCCGGGCAGAAGCUCUCGGAGCCGUCCCGGGCCCCCAAGGAGAAGCCGAAAGCCGAGGUGGCCCCGAAGCCCCGGCAGGCCCCGACCGAUGAGGCGCAGAGGGCGGCGGCCGCGGCGCUGGCCCGGCUGGAGCUGAAGCCCAAGGCAAAGGCACCGUCCGGCUCGCAGGAGGCCAUCAGGAGCCAGGUGAGGAAGGAGCUGAUGGCCGAGGCAGCUGCCAGCGAGAAGGAGCUCUCGGCGGAGGAGAAGGAGCAGGAGGAGGAAGGGGCAGCUGCUCCCUCUGUAUCGGGGGUUUAUUUCAUCUGCCCCUUGAGCGGUGCAAUUGUGAGGAAAGACCAGAAGGAAAAGCAGCUCCGAGAAGCCAUCCAGGCAUAUUUCUCUGUGGACCCGGUGGCUGCUUCCAUCAUGGAGAUCCACACCUUCAACAGGGACCGGGAGAAGGUGCGGCUGUGCGUGGAGACCAUGGCCAAGUACCUGGAUAACAUCUAUCUCCAUCCAGAGGAGGAGAAAUACCGGAAAAUCAAACUGCAGAACAAGGUGUUCCAGGAAAGGAUAAGCUGCUUGGAAGGGACGCACAAAUUUUUCCAGGCUGUCGGGUUUGAGACAAAAACACUGCCUGUUCCAGGACAAGAGGCCACGGAGGAGUUCUACGUGCUGAAGGAGGAGGUUCUGAGCAGGCUGGAGGAGCUGAAGGACCGCAAGGAGCAGCUGCUGAGCUCGGAGCCCGUGCGGGCGCAGCUGCACCGGCAGCUCACGGUGUUCCAGCCGUCGGCCGCGGCCGCGCGCUUCGAGCUGCCCCACGACUUCUUCAACCUCAGCGCGGAGGAGCUCCGGAGGGAGCAGCGGCUCCGGACGGAGGCGGUGGAGAAGGCGGCGAUGCUGAGGACCAGGGCCAUGCGCGAGAAGGAGGAGCAGAGGGAGAUGAGGAAGUACAACUACACCCUGCUCCGGGUGCGCUUUCCCGAUGGAUACAUCCUCCAAGGGACUUUUUAUGCCCGAGAAUCAGUAUCUGUGCUCUACGACUUUGUGAGAGAAGCGCUCAGAGAUGACUGGCUGCCCUUUGAGCUCCUGGGACCCGGAGGUCUCAAACUGACUGACGAGAGCUUGGCCUUCAAUGAAUGUGGCUUGGUGCCCUCGGCCCUGCUGAGCCUGGCCUGGGACGCCGCGGUCAUGGCUGACGUGGAGGCGGCGGCGGAGGAGCAGCGCAGCCCCCUCAGGCCCGAGCUGCUGGCCCGGGCCCAGAGCCUCUCCUGAAAUAAAGGGCCCUGCCUCCCGUGC